UCCUGAUGUAUCGAGUCAAGACAAAAAAUGGUAGUGAGGAGGAAUUGGAGAAAAUAUACUGCACAUUUGAGGUCCAAGCAGCGUUCAUUCUCUCCUCCGUUGUGACCUUUGUUGCUGGACUCCUCAUCUUAUUAUUUUUCAGGGUAACUUGUAGGGCCAUAAGAAAAUGGCGAAGGCUCAAGGGAACUGGAGUAUUCUUGGGAAAAAUCUUUCCAGAUGGCACCAGGGACAAUCAUUUGGAUCAUCUCCACUUCCGUGGAAUAUUUCGAGAUCAGAUAGAAAUGUUGCUUUCUGCACAGACCUUUGUGGGGCGAGUGUUGGUGAUCCUUGUCUUUGUAUUAAGCAUCGGGUCUCUCAUAAUUUAUUUCGUCAACUCUAUUCACCCUGUUAGAACCUGCUCUUCAUUUGAAGACAUAACCAUUGUAAUCGAUUUGAUUUUCAAUAGUUUCUUCAGUUUCUAUUUUGGAUUGAGAUUUGUGGCAGCUGAUGACAAGAUCAAAUUCUGGUUGGAGAUGAACUCAAUUGUGGACAUCUUUACCAUCCCACCAACUUUUAUUUCUUUUUAUCUGAAAAGUAAUUGGUUAGGUUUAAGGUUUUUAAGAGCAUUGCGCCUGCUAGAACUUCCUCGAAUCUUGCAACUUCUGCGAGCCAUUAAGUCCAGCAAUACAGUGAAGUUUUCAAAACUACUGUCGAUAAUUAUCAGUACCUGGCUCACUGCAGCAGGAUUCAUCCAUUUGGUUGAAAAUUCUGGUGAUCCCUGGCUCAGAGGUAGAAAUUCACAGAAUAUAUCCUAUUUUGACUCCAUUUAUCUGGUUAUGGCAACAACAUCAACAGUUGGCUUUGGAGAUGUGGUAGCCAAGACAUCCCUAGGACGGACUUUCAUCAUGCUGUUCACUCUAGGGAGUUUGGUGCUAUUUGCUAACUUCAUCCCUGAAAUGAUAGAACUUUUUGCCAACAAGAGAAGAUACACCCAGGACUAUGAAAUUGUUAAAGGGAAGAAGUUCAUUGUGGUUUGUGGAAACAUCACUGUUGAAAGUGUGACUGCUUUCCUUAGGAAUUUUCUCCGCCGUAAGAAAGGGGAGAUAAACACUGAAAUUGUUUUUCUGGGAGAGUCUCUUCCUUCCUUGGAAUUGGAAACCUUAUUUAAGUGCUACUUGGCCUAUACAACUUUUGUUUUUGGAUCUGCACUGAAGUGGGAGGAUCUAAAAAGGGUUGCGAUGGAAUAUGCAGAAGCAUGCCUGAUUUUAGCCAACCCUCUGUGCAGUGACUCCCAUGCCGAAGACACAUCAAACAUUAUGAGGGUCCUUUCUAUCAAGAACUAUUAUCCUGAAACCAGAAUCAUCAUACAGAUACUUCAGUCCCAUAACAAGGGUUUUCUGCCAAAGAUUCCCAGUUGGAGCUGGGCUACUGGAGACAACAUCAUCUGCUUUAAUGAAUUAAAACUUGGAUUUAUUGCCCAAGGUUGUUUGGUGCCAGGCUUGUGCACCUUACUAACAUCACUCUUUGUUGAACAAUAUAAAAAGGUUCCCCAUAAGUACACCUGGCAAAAAGAUUUCUCUAGUGGCUUGCAGAACAAAAUACUAACUCAACGUCUCUCUGAUGAUUUUGCUGGAAUGAGUUUUCCUGAAGUUUCCCGGCUCUGCUUUGUGAAGAUGCACAUCAUGCUGAUAGCCAUUGAGCACAAAUCAGCGUUUCACGGUUACCGUGGUCUGAUAUUAAAUCCACCUGCACAAGUUAAGCUUCGGAAGAACACAUUGGGGUUCUUUAUUGCUGAAUCUGCAAAUGUAGUCAGAAGAGCCUUCUUUUACUGCAACCACUGUCACAGGGAUGUGCAUUCUCCUGAAAUGAUUGAAAAAUGCAGCUGCAGAACCAAAAGUCAUUUACACCACUUUCCAGUGUUAGAAGCAAAACUAUUGAGAAGCAAUGUGAAGAAAGCAUCCUCUACUUCACUAGAUUUCAAAAAGGAUCAGUCAAGUUUGCUUAGCAGUGUGAACGUUGUCAACAGGAGUAAUAUAGGCGAAACAGACCAUGAUUCUGACAUGUUUGAUAGCAGUGGCAUGUUUCACUGGUGCAAAACAACUCCUUUGGACAAAGUGAUUCUGAAACGAACCGAAAUGGCCAAACAUGAGUUUCGAGACCACAUUGUAGCCUGUGUCUUUGAAGAUGCUCACUCACCUUUGCUGGGUCUCCAGAAUUUUGUAAUGCCCUUGAGAGCCAGCAACUAUACCCGAGCGGAAUUAAAGGACAUUGUAUUCCUUGGGUCUCUUGAUUACCUGCAGAGAGAAUGGAGAUUCCUCAGGAAUUUUCCCCAGAUAUACAUUCUUUCUGGUUCUGCACUCUAUUCUGGAGAUCUACAUGUAGUCAAUGUAGAGGAAUGUGCCAUGUGUGUUGUCUUAUCCUCCCCAAGUAAUGUGUCAAGUGGUCCAGCUUUGGCAGACACAGAAAACAUCAUGGCCACCCUCAAUGUGGGAUCAUUGAGGAUUAGUCCUCAUGCACCAACACUCUCAGAGACACAUGGACUUUCAGUUUCCUCAAGUACACGCGCAGAUAAGCAAAGAGACCGAAGAAUCCCCAUCCUCACUGAACUGAAAAACCCGUCCAACAUUCACUUUAUUGAGCAACUUAGUGGCAUGGAAGGACACCUAGCCGGGAUGAAUCUGCAUCUGAGCACUUCCUUUGCCACAGGCACUGUCUUCUCUGACACCUUCUUGGAUUCCCUCCUGGCCACAGCCUUCUACAACUAUCAUGUCCUGGAAUUACUUCAUAUGCUGGUGACAGGCGGGAUAAGUUCUCAGAUGCAACAACAUUUAGAUAAGGAGAAGGGCAACGAACUGACUGACAGUGGACAUACACUUUUGUCUGGAAGAAUGCGGUGUAAACUGGGACUUCUGUCCUUAAAAGGAACCAUUUUAUCAGAUGUUCCAGUGAAAGAUACCUUUGGACAGUUGUUCUGUGGCUCCUUAGAUAUGUUUGGAUGCCUGUGCCUUGGCCUAUACCGAAUGAUCGAUGAAGAGAAGCAAAACCCAGAGCACAAAAGGGGAGUAUGUUAUCGUCCACCCAAUGAUUUUGUCCUGAUCGCCACGGAUCUUGUCUUUUGUGCCAUCCCUGCUGACAUUGCUUACUAUAAAAAGACCAGUUAUAUAGAUGAACAUCCACAUGAAAAUAUUCAUAUACCACCAAAGGCAACAGAGACAGUUAUAGACUUACGUUCUCCCACAGCUGAGUCAACAACAGAAACUGAGGACUUUAAAACAGAAAUACAUGAGACUUCAACAGAAACGAUAGGUCCAUUAAUCCAUUCUCGAAGUUUAAAAUCUAUGUCCCCAAGUGAAGAUAGACCAUUAUUGUUGAUUCAGAGUAGCAGCCUAUCAUCCCAAACAUACAUAAGUGAAACUGAAACAGAAAACUGAGAGAAAAACAAGAAUGAAACUACACUUCACCAGUUCUAAGCCAAAAUAUAUUUGUUGAUGUUGUCACAAGUUCCUUGCUACACAAAGGAAGCUUGAUACCUAAAAAGAAUUUCCAAAGCUGGUGACUUUGAAGCAGGAAAAUAAAAAUGGAAGCAUGCCAUUUUUGUGCCCAUUGCAUAAUGGUUGAUUAGUAAGCCCAGACUAUUUGAGAAGAAAAACACUUGAUCUAAUGCUUGCCUAAUACUGGAUCAGCUGUGACAAAUAAAGAUAUGCAUAUAUAUAUACACAUAUAUGUUAAAUGCCUCUGUAA